AAGAAGCUGUCAUUUACGCUCCUCCAGCCAGUUCCUGCCCUCUAGCAGCCGUGAAAACACGCCGAUUGAGCGACAAAUGUAACUUCGUGAAACGACGCCGCAAUGGGAUUCCCACCGAGACGCUGUCCUGGCGUCAGGCCGUCGAAAGCGCCUCUCCUGCUGCCUUUUCUGCUCACGGCGCUGCUCGUCGGGAGCCGAGGCGACGGCAACGCGAUGGACAACGUCGCCACGGAGAGGCUGGCUGAGGAGAGCCACCGACAGGACAGCGCCAACCUGCUCAUAUUCAUAAUGCUCCUGACGCUCACGAUCCUCACCAUAUGGCUCUUCAAGCACCGGCGCUUCAGGUUCCUGCACGAGACGGGGCUCGCUAUGAUUUACGGCCUGUUGGUGGGUGUGAUCCUGCGCUUUGGCAUCCACGUGCCCCAAAGCAUGAGCGACGUCACGCUGAGCUGCGCCGUCAAUGCCAGUCCCGCCACUCUGCUGGUCAACGUCAGUGGCCGGUUCUACGAGUACACUCUGAAGGGAGAGGUCAGCCGGAGCAAAGGUCACCAAGUGCAGGACGACGAGAUGCUCAGGAAGGUGACCUUUGACCCAGAGGUGUUUUUCAACAUUUUGCUACCUCCCAUCAUUUUCCAUGCAGGCUACAGUCUGAAAAGGAGACAUUUUUUCAGAAACAUCGGCUCCAUCCUGGCGUACGCUUUCAUGGGAACUGUCAUAUCCUGCUUUGUUAUCGGGCUCAUCAUGUACGGCUUUGUGUCCUUCAUGAAAGUUGUGGGUCAGCUCGGGGGAGACUUUUUCUUCACCGACUGCCUCUUUUUUGGAGCCAUUGUUUCGGCCACCGAUCCUGUGACUGUGCUGGCUAUUUUCAACGAGCUAAAGGUUGAUGUGGACCUAUACGCCUUACUUUUUGGAGAGAGUGUUCUCAAUGAUGCCGUAGCCAUUGUCCUCUCCUCCGUUCUCCUCCGCUUGGAAAAGCAGAGUAGGCAGGGGGCUGGAGCCGUACGCUCCGCGGGAGAUGAAGGCCCGGUCUGGCCUGAGGGGGAGGACGAAAGGUCGGGAGGAAACCAGACAGCAGCUCCUCGCUCCAUCGUGGCGUACCAGCCUGCAGGAGACAACAGCCACAGCUUCGAGGCCAUGGCCUUGUUGAAGUCCUUCGGCAUCUUUCUGGGGGUCUUCAGCGGCUCUUUCGCUCUUGGAGUGGCCACAGGAGUCAUGACUGCUCUCGUGACCAAAUUCACCAAGCUGAGAGACUUCCCCUUACUGGAGACCGCUCUGUUUUUCCUCAUGUCCUGGAGCACCUUCCUGCUGGCCGAGGCCUGCGGAUUCACAGGUGUUGUCGCUGUGCUCUUCUGUGGGAUAACUCAGGCUCACUACACCUUCAAUAAUCUCUCCCCCGAAUCUCAGGACAGGACCAAACAGUUGUUCGAGUUGCUGAACUUCCUGGCAGAAAACUUCAUCUUCUCUUACAUGGGUCUGACACUUUUCUCCUUCCAAUCCCACGUCUUCAACCCGCUGUUCAUCAUCGGGGCCUUUGUGGCGGUGUUUCUGGGCAGGGCUGCAAACAUCUACCCGCUGUCCUUCCUCCUCAACCUGGGCCGCAAGAACAAGAUCGGGUCCAACUUUCAGCACGUUAUGAUGUUUGCAGGUCUGCGUGGGGCGAUGACCUUUGCCCUUUCUAUCAGAGACACGGCGACGUACGCCCGCCAGAUGAUGUUUUCUACCACCCUGCUGAUUGUGUUCUUCACUGUCUGGAUCUGCGGAGGCGGCACCAUGCCCAUGCUGUCCUUCAUGAGCAUACCGGUGGGCGUAGACUCUGAUCAGGAAAACUCUAGUUCAGCGGCGCUGGAUGGAUCGCAGCGCAGAAACACCAAACACGAGAGCGCCUGGCCCUUCAGGAUCUGGUACACCUUUGACCACAACUACCUGAAGCCCCUCCUGACCCACAGCGGCCCUCCGCUCACUGCCACUCUGCCCGCCUGUUGCGGCCCGCUGGCACGCUGCCUCACCAGCCCUCAGGCCUACGAGAAUGAAGGCCAGCUCCACGACGACGACUCCGACUUCGUCAUGAACGACGCCGGCGUCGGGUCCAUGUACGCCGACGUCACCGUCAGCACGGACGCCUCCGGCUCCCGCACCGUCAACCCGGGGCGCCCCUCCUCCGGCGGCGGGGGCCCGUUCGACGAGGGCCUGGACCACGAGCUGGCGCGGGCCGAGCACGAGGUGGCCAUCCGCGGCACGCGCCUGGUCCUGCCCAUGGACGACCCGGCCGAGCACCCCACCACCGUCACGCUGCCCCCGCCGCCCUCCCCGCCGCGCUCCGACCCCCGCAGGCACAGACUGUAAGGCCGAGGCGAAUCAGGCAGGAGUCCUUGGAUCGGGCUGCUCUGGCGGCGCCGUGCUGGCGGGACCGCCUCCGUCUAACAUGCAGGUGGAAACACUUUCAGCAACCUGAGUCAUGAGUUGAAAAAAAAAACAAAAAACAAAACGAAACACUCGGACAGAUGUUUUUCUUUUUAUCUUGAAUGUGAAUGCACUACGUUUAAGGUACUUUAAAUUAAGAGCACCUCAAGUUUAUAGCUUCAUUAAAAUGAUACGAGAUACAUUUAGCCGCGACGAGAGGCUUAAAAACGGGGCUGCUGGUUGAUCCUGUGUCUGUGGUCCCACCGGGCUGCGGCUCAGUCUCUCAAACAGCUUCAGCAGCUUCUGUGUUUGUCCUGCUUCCCUCGAGUGUUUGUACUCGACGAUCGCCUCAAAGCUCGUUUGUUUUUCUCUGCGUCCCUCCUGAAGUGUGUUGGUAGAGAAGGGCAGGAUCAAGAGAUUCAAACAGGGAGCAGAUGCACGGAGGCAGAGACCUCUGGACGUCAACACAAAUCAGCAACCUGAUGGAAACUCCAGCUGCUCCUCGACGUCCAGGCUUUACCCACUGCCUGCUUCUACCUGGUGAUUUAUUUAUAAAACUAACUGUUUAAUUUAUUCUUUAAUUUAUUUAUUGUUUUGUAAAAUGAUGUUGAUUUAUUUUCCGAUGAGAGGCUACGUGAAAGAUCCCCCAUGGUGACGCAUCGGGUUGCUUGUUUACCUUCGGUAUGGGGGACCCGGGUUCGAAUCCUUUUACAGACUACCUGUGAACGGAUCGGAUGAAUUGAUUUUCUUUCUCAGACAAGACAAAAAAAAAAAAAAAAAACGCACUACGACUUUUCCCAUAAGGUACGCUGUACAGUAAUGGAGUGGUGAAGGAGAUGGGUUUUCAUUCCAGGAGUUUUUAUGCAUGCUUACCAAGAUAUUUCACAUCCUCACUGUAGCAGAUGCUUUGACUUUAUACUUGGAAAUUAGAGCUUCCCUGUGUGUAUGUUUUACCUAAUCUUUGUAUGUGUGUGUGUUUGGGGCUGAUCUGGUCAGGUCUGUCACAGUUUAUUAGGGCUAAUGUUGGUUUCUGGGUUUUCUGCCUCUGACUGGCUCAACCUGUUUUUCCUUUGAAGAAAACGAAGAAAUCACUGCCGUGUUUUUGUCAGUUUGGAUCAUCGGAGUCGACUGAGGGCUGGCUGAACUGUUUCCGAUUAAAGUGCCUAUUCAGAAAUUACUUCAUGUAGAUUUGUAAAUAAGUUUAUUUGCUCUUGUGCAGUAAGAUAAUCUUUUGUCUGUUUUUAUAGGAUGUUAAAGCUUUUCGAUUGGUCGAUGUUGAAUAUUCCCAGUGUAGUUGGGUGUAGCUAUCAGUGCAUCGAGUUGAGCACAAACUAAAGCUACUGACUUAAGAAUAACAGUAAUAUUUUGGCUCCAAUUACCAUUUUGUGAACAGUGUUCCUCUGGGAAUUUGGUGUCUGUCCUCAAAAGUGGAUGUUGGUCGAGUAGAAGGUACAACCACACAGGUGUAUAUUUUCAGCGUCUAAUUGAUGCCAUGUUGUGCUCCUUUUUAUGUUUUUUUUUUUUUUGUUUAAAAAAAAGAAAAAAAAAAAACAAGCUGUUCUCAUAAGUUGCACUGAGAUGUUUCCUGAAGCUAACUGAGACCCCUCAUGCCGUUCUUUGAGCAGGUCUGACUAACACAACCAGGUGGAUGGAAGCAGGAUACUACUGGUUAAAAUGAUUUUUUUCUUUUUUUUUGAGUGUGUGUGUGUCUAAAGCUGCCCAUGUGUUUUUAUUUGGAUCUUCAAGCAGUAUUCUUGAUAUGAUGCCUGUGUUUCUGCAUAUUUGUCCAAGAAUAUGGACACAAGCGGAUAUGCAUCUCUGUCCUUACUGGUUUAAAUGUAUUUGAACCAUUAAAAAAAAAAAGAAAAA